AUGGCUACAGCUAAGUAUCCCAAUACCCCCGAGUUGGAUCUCCAGUGUGCCCUAUGUCUACACAGCUACAGCGACCCGCGUAUCCUCCCCUGUUUCCACACCUUCUGCUCGAAAUGCCUGGAGAUGAACUGCGUCCAUGCGGGGGAGGACAAGAAGACCUCCUCCAUCCACUGCCCCAAGUGUUUCGAUCAGAGCCAGCUUCCCUCGGCCGGCGUAGAUGGACUCCCGCGGAACAUGUACGUUCAGAACCUUCAAACUAUACAGUCUACCUCUCGUUCCCCUCCGCCCAAGUGCGAUCUGUGUACGGACGACGUCCCGGCGCUCAGCUACUGCGAGGCCUGCUGCUGCUUCAUGUGUAACUUCUGCGGGCAGGCCCACAGGGGCCAGAGGAGGACCCUUGAUCAUAACCUCAUCCCAGCGGAAUCCGCGAAUCUCGCUCCUCUCCCUUUGACUCAACCACUACCCAUCAUCGCAUCCACCGCUGCACCGCACUCGCCCAAGUUCUGCACGGUUCACAGCGAUAAGGAACUGACACUGUUUUGUGAGACGUGUGAAAUGCCAGUGUGCGGAGAUUGCAAGAGUAACGAACACAGCGACCAUGCGUUCCUUCCACUGGAAGACGCCAGCCUUCAGUACACCGAGAUCCUACAGGGCUUAGUUAACAAGACAAAACCCCUCGUUACCGAACUAAACGAGUCCAUGAAAAACAUAGAGUUCCUACUCAGCAACGUUCAAGAGAGAGCAGAGGUAGUUGCAGACGAGAUAUGUGAUUCAAUAGACACACAAAUGAGGGCCCUGCACGAACACAAGCGGUUCCUUCUCAGUCGGUUGCACGCCAUCAAAACAAAGAAAGAGAACACACUCGAGCAUCAGUUGGAAGAGGUUAAGAAGAUAGUGGAUGAGGUUACGGUCGGGUCCAGCGAGGCCAAUAAGGCUCUUAGGCAUGGCCAGGCACCGGGGAUGUUUACCGCACAUGCACCUCUGGUGUCGCGACUAGAGCAACUAGUCAACUCGAGGCACAGCUAUGCACCACUCGAAGACGAUUAUAUAAAGUUUGUCCCCAACCAGCCUGCGGGGCAGAUCAGGGGCUAUAGUAUGUCGGGGGUUCUCUACGAUAGAGGCCCAUCGCCCUCGCACUGUGUUAUGAGCGGUGAGGGUAUGUUUGUUGCAAAGCAGAGGAAGUCGGCUUCGUUUGUGCUCACUGUUUUGGACCGUUUCGACGAGCAACGGGCUGUGGGAGGAGACAGAGUGGAAGCAAAUGUUCAGAGCAGUGACGGUUCGCUUGUAAAGACGUCGGUGGUUGACAGAGGAGACGGGGACUAUGUCAUCUCCUACACACCCGAGAGUGUAGGGGAGCACCGCGUUUCAGUUUUAGUUGAAAACAAACAUGUUAGAGGAAGUCCGUUUGCCGUCAAUGUUCAGCCGAAGGGGAAGAAACACAGGGGCGUCUUCCACUGCUGCACAUUCUGCUCCUCUGAGGGAAAGAAGCACGUCAGGUGUGGCUGUGGAGGUACGAUGCCCGGAGGGUACAGUGGGUGUGGUCACGGUCACCCAGGCCACCCCGGCUCCUACCACUGGUCUUGCUGUGGAGCCACCUCAGAGAAAUCUGACUGUCUACUGUAG